AUGAGUCGUACGAUUAUUUCGGCAGAGGCACUUCCCACCGCGAGUGUCGAAGCCUUAACCCAGAUCCUGGAACGAGUUCUCCUCUGUUCGACCAUUGGUGCUGAAAAACUGGCCAAGCAAUCUCACGCUGCUAUUCAGGAUCUGCCAGACGACAGCCGGCCAUGUACUUACGACGGUCUGGUGGACGUCGCCCGCUUUUGCCUCGAAGAGGAGCCUGGAUGGUCCCAUGACGAAUGCAUCGAAUUUCUCUCCCAAUAUCCCCGUCUGGACGUACUGGUAGGCGAGAAUCAGCGCCUGUCACAACUGUGCGAAGAAUACGAGACACGCUUUCCCGGCCUGCGAUAUAUUUCCAGUAAGAAUGAGCCCGACAUCGAUGCAGCUAUCAGCGAAGUCGAGCUUUCAUUGCAGCAUUAUAACUCGACGCACUCUUACGAGCCUUCCAGUGUCGAAUGGCGAGCAGAACUUGAUCAUGUGCUGGGUAUGAUGUGGGACUCGGCGGUAGAUCGCGCAUCUGCUUUGCACCCAGGUCCUGUCACGACUGAGCCCGACACAUUUGACAAAGUUGCCACCUCCCCAGAAAGCAAUGCAGCACCUUCCAAGCCACAGGAGGAGCGCGGCGAUGAUGAACCAUUCCUGUCCCUGUCUUCCUUCCGUGCUUUGGCUGUAACAUCGCCAUGUAUCGAAAAGUUUUUUGAGCAUGAUCUUCCCAAAUCAUUUCGACUCGAUGAAGUACAGUGGUCGAGCUCAGGAGGGGCGUUUGCUUGGCAUGCUGCCCCUGUUGUGCCUCGGAAUGGACAACGUGGUCCGGACGUAAAGUCGACCAAGUCAAGUGCUGGCACAGUUUCUAUUGCUUCCACGCUACUACAUGGAAAUACAGUUCCAUUACAUGCAGAGACGCCCGUAAGCUAUUCUCGAGAUAUCACAUCGGGUGCGCGUGGUAAAGUGGUCGGGUUCUUGGGUGGUCUUUUCGGUGAAGAAGGCAAAACUCGCAUUGAUGCAUUGGCUGAUCAGGUGGCACUUCGGCUCCAGGCUCAUUCUGUACGGGGCCCUAUACCAAGCUUUGCUCAGGAACCUGCACCCGAGCCCGAGAAAAAGUCACGCACAUGGCGCAACGCAUGGAUGCAAGGCAAGAGCGCCGCAUCCAAUGUCGUAUCAGAGGCGCGUUCCAGCACGUUUUCUGGACGCCUCGCCAAUGUUUUUGGAGUGCAGAGCGCUACUUCACCUGAAAAAGUCUCUAGUUCGGAGAAUGAAGAUACCACUAAUGAAUCAUGCUAUCAAGAUGGUGAUUCUGACUCAAGAACAGCGCUUCGUGGCAGUGACCUGGCAAGGGAAGGUCCGGAGGCAGCCGUGGCCACUCUUCGUGCCGCGAAUGAAACACUUUUACAAGAGCGAAGCGCUUUUGUAAUUGACGAAACACCCUCCGCAGACAACACUAUGGGUGAAGGUGAAGAUGAGGCUGAUCACGAUGUAGAAGGAUUGGAUGCCCUCAUUGCUGGUGCCGCUGAACCUUCGCUGACAUCGCCCACCGCUUGA